AUGGCAAGACGCCUACAAACAGUUUUGUGCCUCCGAACUUAUUCCACAGUUGGGUAUCGUAUCAACCCCAAAUUAGCAUUAUUGCUAUCCGAUGCACUUGGUGGUAAUCAACGCCCUGGAUUAGUACUGUUGUUGUCAGACCAACCACGAGUGAUGUGGCACGCUGAUCCCGUCCGAACUCUCGCGAACGGAAGUGCUAUAAUUGCCUAUCCACUUGACAUCGUUGCAUCUUUGUGUGAUAGCUUCACACUGUUGGCCGAUCGACCAGGUACAUAUGUUAAAUGUCUGCAGCAGCAGCAUGGGGCGCUUAUGGAAGGCAACACCAGCCCUAUCAUCUUCAAAUGUCUUCCGGCUCUCACAUGCGCUGCAAAGCAGCACAUGCACUAUUCCACCUCAUGGGAUUUGGACAAAUACGCCAGCAUAUCAACAGGAGAUUAA